AUGACACAGACUUGUGAUCAUAAAGCGUUUCUAGAAGAUCAUUCCAGUUACUACUGUGUCGAAGAACUCGACAACUAUAGUCUUGACGACUCGAACAUCUCUAAAAUCGCAUUCGUUAGCUGGAGCUAUUACUAUAUUAUUACUUGAUCGAAAUUUUAAUCCAUCAUUUUUUUCUUUUUUCUUUUUUUUUUUGGACAUACAGAAGUAUAUAUAUUUCAAUUUCACCAGGAUUUGGAUUAACCUCACAAAUUAUUACAAACGGAAGAGGAAAGAAAGAAAUUUCUGGAAAUUUAAGAAUAACUUCUGCAAUGUUAGGGAUUGGAUUUUUAGAAAUAUAUAUUUCAAUUUCACCAGGAUUUGGAUUAAUCUCACAAAUUAUUACAAACGGAAGAGGAAAGAAAGAAAUUUCUGGAAAUUUGAGAAUAACUUGUGUAAUGUUAGGCAUUGGAUUUUUAGAAGUAUAUAUAUCAAUUUUACCAGGAUUUGGAUUAACCUCACAAAUUAUUACAAAUGGAAGAGGAAAGAAAGAAAUUUCUGGAAAUUUAAGAAUAACUUGUGCAAUGUUAGGGAUUGGAUUUUUAGAAGUAUAUAUAUCAAUUUUACCAGGAUUUGGAUUAAUCUCACAAAUUAUUACAAAUGGAAGAGGAAAGAAAGAAAUUUCUGGAAAUUUGAGAAUAACUUGUGCAAUGUUAGGGAUUGGAUUUUUAGGUGGUUUAGCUACUUAUCACGGAUCAAAAUUGACAGAACAACUUCUACCGAUCGAAAUUUACAUCUGUCGAAGUAUAUAUAUGGAGAAAGUAGGAAGAAAAUUGGCAAAACUGAAUAUGACAAUUCGAUCAUUCGUAUUUCUCGAUUUUCGUGAAAAUGGGAAAAGAAAAUGUUUCGUUUUCGAAACCUUUGGAAACGAAGCAAAACGUAGUUGUGGCCAGCUACGAAUUUCUUCGAACAAUUUCAACAAUUGAUUCAGCAAAUCAAGCAAAUCACUUGUACCCACUUACGUUUUCGAAUAACUUCGCCCUCGAAUAUGACACUACUGAGGAAUAUUUGAAAAGCAAAGAGACCCUGCACGGGCUCUUUUCAAACUGCUGAUGUCAUUACUAUGAUAUGUACAAUGUACAGCAGCAUCGUCAAAGAUUUACAGUUAGUCGUCACUUCGUUUCAGUUUCUUUCUAAAGCUACGAUGAUCGUUUUGGAUAUUUCGCGAAGCUCUCAAAACUCGAUGAAAUGGAAAUCGGCAGCAAGCGGGAACAACAACCAUUCUCUCGCGAACGCUGAACAAUAUAAAAAUUAGACAACGUCUGACUACAAAUAUUUUUCAAAUAUUUUCUCGUGGAAUGUGUACGACAGAUAGAAGCCAUCGAAGUGGAAUCAAAGGUCAUCACAGUGUGCCUGAAAAAUGAAUUACGCAAGCCAACGAAAAUUUACACUUUCUAAACGUGCACUGUACGUACUCUGGCAGAAUCUCAAAGAAUAAUCAUAAUUUAAUUCCCUUUGUAAUAAUAAGUGAUCGAUAUUAAGUCAAAAGCACGUUCGUAACAAAAUAUUUUAUAAAAAAAAUCUUUUUAUUUAUUUGUAAAAUAAAGUAUCAGGUGAUAAAUAAAGGCUUGUUUCGAAUAAGCUAUCGACAAGUAUAUUUAUACAAAUACUAUGAAAAAUAAUGAGAAAGGGAGAUAUUCAAAAAUUGGUUGAAAGAAGAAUUUCUACAGUUGAUCUAAAUUUGAUAUAUAAUUAUGAAGAUAAGUUGAUAAAUAUCUGCAUAGUGUUUGUAACAACAAUUAUACAAUAUUUUUAAGAAAAUUUAUUUUCAAUUUUAAAUCUUUAAAAUUUUAAUUAUAAUUCGUUAAAAAGUAUUUAAACAUUUCAUUAUAAAAGUAUUUAUUUUAAGUUUUAUUAUUAAUUUAAUAUUAUAUAAUUUCAGCUUUAA